AUGAGCUCAACCAACUGCAGAUUUUAUGAAAACAAGUAUCCUGAAGUGGAUGAAGUCGUUAUGGUCAACGUUCAAGAAAUUGCCGAAAUGGGUGCAUAUGUUAAACUUUUAGAGUAUGACAAUAUCGAAGGUAUGGUUUUGUUGUCAGAAUUGUCAAGAAGACGUAUUCGUUCCAUUCAGAAAUUGAUCAGAGUUGGAAAGAAUGAAGUUGCCGUUGUUUUGAGAGUUGACAAAGAAAAGGGUUAUAUUGAUUUGUCCAAAAGAAGAGUGUCAGCUGAAGAUAUUGUCAAAUGUGACGAGAGAUACAACAAAAGUAAAGCAGUACAUUCUAUUUUGAGACACUGUGCUGAGAAAUUUAAUAUACCAUUGGAAAAGUUAUAUGAAACUAUAGGAUGGCCGUUGAGCAGAAAGUAUGGACAUGCGUAUGAUGCCUUCAAGUUUUCAAUCACUGACCCAACAAUUUUCGAAGGUAUUGAAGCCCCAUCCGAAGGUGUAUUGGAGGAAUUAAAAUUGUACAUAUCCAGAAGAUUAACCCCACAAGCAAUCAAUAUAAGAGCAGAUGUUGAAGUAUCGUGUUUUGGAUACGAGGGUAUAGAUGCAAUCAAACUGGCUUUGAAAGCGGCAGAAUCUGUGUCUAAUGAGCAAAUGCAAGUCAAAGCUAAGUUGGUUGCUGCUCCAUUAUACUUCCUUUCCGUGCAAUCAUUGGAUAAGAAUCAAGGUAUACGUCUUUUGGAAACAUCCAUUGAAAAAAUUGUUGAAAGUAUAGAGUCAAAUGGUGGUGUUUGUAAAGUUAACAUGGCACCUAAGGCUGUCACUGCCACCGAAGAUGCCGAACUUGAACGUUUGUUGGAGAGUAAGGAAGCUGAAAAUAAAGAUGAUUCUGAUGAAGAGGAUGAUGAAUAA